GAGAUUAUCUUGUUUAUGUCGGUACAUUUAGAAAAUACGAGUGAUUUUAGACGUAUGAUUCACCUUACAGGCUAAAUGCUUAGGCUAAACCAAGUUAAUAGUUGCGUAUAUUGUUAACUGGAAAUAUGUAUUCAAGUAGGUCAUAGUAAAAAGAAAGCAGUGAAUAGUCGCAGUGAAUAUCGCUUGAUAACUAAAAUGUCACUGAUUGACAAGGCGAUGAAUGAUAGAGCUCACAAAGUAAAAACUUAACAAAUCAGAUAAAGUGAUGGGAGCCGAUAUUAGUAAAAACAACAAGGACCAGCCUCCACCAGAGGAGGGGCGCUGCACCUCAGGAUGGCGGGGUUUCCUGUCCAGUGUGGGAAUCUCUGUGUCUUCGGGGGUCUGUCGUCUGGGCGCACGACGCAUGAUCCGGGAAAAGGGUGCACCCCUCCCGAACGAUCACCUGUUCCAGUCCAUCCCCGGCCCAGAGAGGCUCCGGAUGGAGUGGUCCCUCCCUGGGUUCAUCUCCAUGUUCCUCCCUGAGUUUCCACACCGCAAUGUCCCAGGACACGAGCACUUCCAGGUCCUGGGCUAUAUAGCCAAAGGCUCCUUUGGCCCCAUACUGAAGGUGAAGGACAGGUCCAAGCAGAAGACUUAUGCAGUGAAGGUUAUUCCCAAAUCUGAAGUUUUAAGGCAGGGGGUCCUAGAGCAGUCAAAAGAGGAGGUCAUCAUUCAGCGGCAAGUGCGGCACCCUUUUGUGCACGACCUGCAAGACUGCUGGCAGACCCAGCGCCACCUCUACAUUAUGUGUGACUACUGCAGCACCGGAGACCUGUACACCUACUGGAUGAUGAUUGGACAGUUUGACGAGGAUGCGGUCAGGGUGUUUGCAGCAGAACUGGGCUGUGCUCUCGGCUUCCUACAUGACUUUGGAAUCAUUCACAGGGACGUCAAGAUGGAGAACAUCCUCUUGACUGACCAAGGGCACCUUCGAUUGGCUGACUUUGGACUGUCCCGUCGCCUGGAGCGGGGAGGAAGGGCCUUCACUAUCUGUGGAACGAUCCAGUACAUGGCCCCUGAAGUACUGGGUGGGGGUCCCUACAGCCAUGCAGCUGAUUGGUGGUCCCUGGGCAUUCUGCUCUUUUCAUUGGCCACUGGGGAGUUCCCCGUCCCCCCGGAGCGAGACCACUGCAGCAUGCUGAGGAGGGUGCGCAGCUCCUCCUAUGAGAUGCCCCGCUCCUUCACCCCCCCUCUGGCCCUGCUGCUGACUGAGCUCCUUUGCAAGACCCCCACGCGGCGCCUGAGAACCCUCGAGCGCUUCAAGAGGCAGACGUUUUUCCGGGGCACCUCUUUCGACUCCCACCUGCUGCAGAAGACGCCCAUGGAGCUCAUCCUGGAGCUGAAGGAGCACCCCGAGCGCACGGUCAAAGCGCAGCGGGGCCUCACCCACGAGGCCUUCCACAGCUUCGACUGUGACCUCCUGGACUCCCCCAUCAGCCCCACAGACCUGUGCCCCGCCCCGGUGAACUUUGACCCGAGCCAUGGCCCCACCCAGAGCACCAUCGCAGAUUCGGUCUUUGUGUAACUUUGUGACUGGUGGUCGGGGAGUCAGCAGGCCUGGCCAAAAGCUGUGAACUUUUAGGAGUCAAAAUUAAGAGGUUCAGAGUGGAGGACAUUUUUUAUUUUUGUAUUAUUAUUUUUUGGGGUUUAUAAAGCUGUGUUCGAAACUGCAUGCUAGCAUAUGACUCGAUACUAAAGGCUGAUUUUAAUUGAAAAGUAGUACGAGUUGUAUGCUAGGUAUGUAGUUUCGGACACAGCCUACGUUAGCUCAAUGAUAUUGAAAAUCACUUUUAAGAGAGACCUAGCCAAAAUAAAAGCACAUACAGUUACAAUGAAUAACAUAAAGCAUAACUAUGGUAAGAUUUGUAGAAAGCAUAAAUUGAGCAUCGUUGUUAAUACUUAAGUGAGUAAUUAUUUAUCCAUGAUGCACUGCCCUAACUCCAACAUUGGGAAACUGUGCCAAGUGCUUAUUUAUUGUUCCAAUAUUUCAGGAAUCUUAUUCUAAACAAUUUCAACUUUAUAUUUUUUAACAUCUUCUGCCACCAGCUGGGAUUAUAUUACCCUUGCAGCUUUAAGGUCUAUGUUUGCAAUAAAAGCACUAAUCUCAGGUUCUAAAUGCUUUCUCAGAACAUUUAACCCUUUACAAAGAUUUGAAAUUGUUUUAGAAACAUCACCUAUUUUGUUAAAUAAACGAGGGCAACAUUUGCACAAAAAACUAAGAGGAUUUAUUUUCAGGAUAAAUUAUUUUAUAUACAGCACAGAAUUUAUUUCCAGGGGUAAAUAUGUUAUCUGAAUUGUUACCUAUGCUUUACCCUGAUAUUUUAUGCAGAAUAUGUAGUGAAUCUAAUUAGUUAGAAUUAUAUGUUUUCUGGAGCAAGCACUUUACUUUUGAAGUCAAUUUACUAUUACAUUAUUGGCAUUUGGCAGACGCUCUUAUCCAGAGCGACGUACAGUUGAUUAGACUAAGCAGGAGACAAUCCUCCCCUGGAGCAAUGCAGGGUUAAGGGCCUAUAGUAGAGGAUAUGCAAAGGACAGUGUCUCUUAUGAGAAAUUCAGGUACCUUCUUCAUCCGUCAGUCAAUCCAGAGUUAUCCAAACCGCUAGAUAUAUAUUUGAAACAAGACUAUCCUGUGUUAUAUUGCUGUUGUAUUUUUCCCCACUUUUCAGGCUGUUUUCUAUGCAAGCAAGCUGUUUAAUUGUCUAGCCGUGUCCCAGUUUGGAAUUUUUAACGGAAUACCACCUCCUUUUAGUGCCACUGGAUGCAGUUUGGCAUACUGUCUUUAAUAGAUGAAUGUGUUUUCAUUUUUGUACAUUUUAAAGUUGUAUUUUUUUCCAAACCAAAACUUUUUAUAUGUUAAUGCCAUGCAGGGAAAUGAAUACAAGCAGACAUGAUGUUCGUACAUUCCUGAUUGAGACCACUGCCUUGUUUUGUCUUGUUUUGUAUCUCUGUCACAGGCGUGUGUUUCUGUCUCAGCCUUUUGGCAUAAAUGGGAUUUGAUAUUAUGUAGCAGAAAAGGAAGGUGAAGAUUAUUUUUUGCAUGUAUCAACUUUGAACUUUUUAUACUUCCCUGAAGAGAAGAAAGUUCCUCUUUCCAACUGAUCUCAUCUCAAAUUUGUAUCUCUUCGCUUUAACUUCCAUACACUUAUUAAUGUGAUUCUGAAUCAUUUGGUCAAUAAUUUUGUGUCACGUGUCAGAAAAUAUGACUGUAAAUUAUGACUGUACAUGUCAAGUUGUUGCCACUAGGAAAUGUCAUCUUUUGUUUUUACUAUUUGUGUUAUUAAAAUAUUAAUCAUGUGUAUGAAUGAGGA